AUGCUACUGAGCGGAGCUCCUCCGGCGGGCUCCGGCCCGGGGCCGCGGGCGCAGGCGGGUGCUGGCGGCGGCCCCGGGGGGUCCCGCCGGGGCGCCGGGGGAGCGGGAGCCGCCGGCCCUGGAGGGGGUGGCAGCGGCGGGGUGGCCAAGUGGCUUCGGGAGCACCUGGGCUUCCGCGGGGGCUCCGGGGGCGGCGGCGGAGGGGGCAAGCCGGCGCCCCCGGAGCCCGACUACCGGCCGCCCGCGCCCUCCCCGGCCGCGCCCCCCGCGCCGCCUCCCGACAUCCUGGCAGCCUACAGGCUGCAGCGGGAGCGCGACUUCGAAGACCCCUACUCCGGAGGGUCGUCCGGCUCCGCCGCGCUCGCCGCCCCCGUCGCCGCCGCCCCCGGCCCUACGCCGCCCCCGCGCCAUGGCUCGCCCCCUCACCGCCUUAUUCGGGUCGAGACCCCCGGGCCCCCGGCGCCCCCUGCGGAUGAGAGGCUCUCCGGACCCCCAGCCAGCAGCGACCGGCUGGCAAUCGUAGAAGACUAUGCAGAUCCAUUUGAUGUUCAGGAGUCUGCUGAAGGCUCAACAGGAGCUUCAGGAGCCCCGGAGAAGGUCCCUGAGAAUGAUGGCUAUAUGGAGCCCUAUGAGGCCCAAAAGAUGAUGGCUGAAAUCCGGGGCUCUAAGGAGACGACGGCAGUUCAGGCCUUGCCUCUGUAUGACACGCCGUACGAGCCAGAGGAAGAGGGGGUUACCCCGGAGGGAGAGGGGGCCCUCUGGCUCCGGGAGUCCCGCCUGCCUGAGGAUGAUGAACGACCCCCUGAAGAGUAUGACCAGCCCUGGGAGUGGAAGAAGGAGCGGAUUUCCAAAGCCUUUGCUGUUGACAUUAAGGUCAUCAAAGACCUACCUUGGCCUCCGCCCGUGGGACAGCUGGACAGCAGCCCCUCCCUGCCUGAUGGGGACAGGGACAUCUCCGGUCCAGCCUCACCCCUCCCUGAGCCCAGCCUGGAAGAUGGCAGCGCCCAGUUUGAAGGACCAGAGAAGAGCUGCCUGUCACCUGGCCGGGAGGAGAAGGGGCGGCUACCUCCUCGAUUGUGCACAGGGAACCCCAAGUCGGCCAAGUCCCCAAGCGCUGAGCCCAGCAGUCCCCUGGGAGAGUGGACAGAUCCAGCCCUGCCUCUGGAAAACCAGGUCUGGUACCACGGGGCCAUCAGCCGAACCGACGCCGAGAACCUGCUACGGCUGUGCAAAGAGGCCAGCUACCUGGUACGCAACAGUGAGACCAGCAAGAAUGACUUCUCACUCUCCCUCAAGAGCAGCCAGGGCUUCAUGCACAUGAAGCUGUCGCGGACCAAGGAGCACAAAUACGUGCUGGGCCAGAACAGCCCGCCCUUCGGCAGCGUGCCUGAGAUCGUGCACCACUACGCCAGCCGCAAGCUGCCCAUUAAAGGGGCUGAGCACAUGUCCCUGCUCUACCCCGUGGCCAUCCGGACUCUGUAGAGAGGCGAGGCCGGGGGCCCUGUGCCCGCCACCUGGCUGAGGCCCAGGAUCUCACAGACCUUUCUUCCCUUUUCCUGGGAUGCGGUGGAUGCUGGAACUACCUUAAUUUAUUCUAAAGGGGAAGGGGGCUGGGAGUAAAGGGUUGUACGGAGCCAGGGAGAAAAGAAACCCUGGAGAGAAAGGAUAGUAAGCCUCUGGGGGGAGGGGGGACGAAGGGGGCUCUGGAGCCGCUGGCCUCCUGGAGAGUUUCCUAGCGGCUCCAGCCCUUCCCACCCUGGGCUGGGUGGGUGCAGGGGUGCACGUGGGCCCGCGACGCCCCCGUUAUCUCCCAGGCCCCAGAGCCCCAGGACGGCUCUGUGCUGCGGGAGGGUUGAGAACAGGGCCCUGGCCCUGGGGAAAUUGUGCAGUCCCUGCUCCGCGCCGGCUC